GCCUCGCCCGGCGAGAUCCGCCGUGCCUACCACCGCGCCUCUCUCCGCGUCCAUCCCGACCGCGCCGAGCCCCAGCACAAGGAAGAGGCGACGCGGCGGUUCCAGAUCUUGGGCAAAGCGUACGCCGUGCUGAGCAGCUCGGAGCAGCGCGCCGUGUACGAUGAGCAGGGGACGGUGGACGAGGAGGGCGAGGCGCUGAGCGGCGAGCGGGACUGGCAGGGGGGAUGGCGGAUAACAGUCAAGGAUAUCGAAGACUUUGAAAAAAGCUACAAAGGUUCAGAAGAAGAGCUGGCCGAUAUUAAAACAGCGUACUUGGAUUUUGAGGGAGACAUGGACAGAAUAAUGGAGUCUGUGCUGUGUGUGGACUAUACAGAUGAACCAAGAAUACGUAAAAUCAUUGAAGAAGCCAUUGAGGCUGGUGAAGUCCCAUCCUACAAAGCUUUUGUAAAAGAGUCCAAGCGGAAAAUGAGUGCAAGAAAAAGGCAGGCAGAAAGAGAAGCCAAAGAAGCAGAAAAGUCUAAAGUUGAACUGGGCCUCGGUGGAGAAGAUGAUUUGAAAGCAAUGAUUCAAAGCAGAAAUAAAGAUCGACAAAAGGAGAUGGAAGACUUUUUGGCCCAAAUGGAAGCCAAAUAUGGGAACAAGGCUAAAAAAGGAGGAAAGAAGACAGCAGCCAAGAAAGGAACAAAAUAA